GACAACAUGGACAAGGAAGAUUGUUGCCCUUUUGAGUCAGUUACAGCCCUGUGAGGUGCGUAGAUGAUGGUAGCUCGUUAAAUGCCGCCGACCAGGAAGAGUAAACACGAACCAGGAAGAUUAUACAUGGAUAUUGUCACCAUUUUGAGUUGUAGGCCUUCAUGAGAACAUGAAUAAAAGUAUCUGACCAUGGACAAGCGCUGGGCCCAGGAUGUGUUACGGUGUCGUCUCUGUGAGACCCCGGGCCCCCCUAUGUACUGUGACAUUUGUCACAUACAUCUGUGUAAAGCCUGUGUGGGGGAACAUAUCUCUGAUCUAUCCAAAGAACACAAAGUGCUGCCAUUUGAAAAGAGAGGAUCUACUCCCAAAUGCCCAGAACAUUCCUCAAACAUAAGUGUACUAUACUGUGAACAAUGUGACAUUCCUAUUUGUACAACAUGUGCCUCCUCUAAAGAACACUACAGUCACAAAUUUAUUGAAAUAUCUAAAAACAUUGAUAGCAGGAAAGAAAUCAUUCAAAAAGAUUUACAAGAACUAGAGAAAUCCAUUUAUCCCAAAUACCAAGAGAUUGCAUCCAUUAACCAAGUCCAGAAAUCUGCUCUGAAUGAAAACUCCCAGAAAUUAACAACAGAAAUCGACAAACAUGGAGAAGACUUGCACAGAGAAAUAAACACCAUUAUCAGAAACAUGAAAUCUAACGUGGAGGAAACGGACACCAAACACCUGGCUGUCUUAGACAAACAGGAAGAUGAAAUUAAACACACCAUUUCUGAAAUCACACAGACCAUUACUGAACUAAAGACAUUACUGGACUCCAAUGAUGUCAGCCGUGUCUCUGCCUACAAAUCCAGAAAUGAUGAAUUCAGAAGAUUGCCUCCUAAACUCACAGUGUCCUUACCAAGUUUUACCCCUCAGAAGAUCAACAAAGAACAACUUUAUCAACAGUUUGGUUCUCUGUCAGCGUCAUCUAUCAAAACAGAAGAACAUGGCUACACCAUUGAAUCUCCCGGUGCUGAGUCCUCUCCCCCGGACAGACCGCUCAUUGAUGUACCACGGAUCAUCACACAGAUAGACACCGAGUGUAGACGAUUAGACAGUGUGUCCUGUCUGAGUGAUGAGGAGAUGUGGACGCGUGGUGAGGACAACAUCAUGAGUCUGUACAACCUCCGUGGGGAACUAGUGAAGUCAGUCCAUACCAAGUCAGGGAACGCUCCAUACGACAUAGCAGUGACAAGGAGUGGGGAUCUAGUUUAUACUGAUUACAGAGAUAGAACUGUGAACAUAGUGAAGAAUACACAGAUACAGACAGUGAUCAGACUACGGGGGUGGAGACCUCGCAGUGUCUGUAGUACCUCCUCUGGUGACCUCCUGGUUGUCAUGGACAGUGAUGAUAAUAAACAAACAAAAGUUGUGUGUUACUCUGGCUCCACAGAGAAACAAAGUAUUCAGUACGACGACAAAGGACAACCUCUCUAUUCAUCUGGUGGAUUAUAUAAAUACAUCAGUGAGAACAGGAACCUAGAUAUCUGUGUGUCAGACAAUACAGCCCGUGCAGUAGUGGUGGUCAAUCAGGCCGGGAAACUCCGGUUUACCUACACUGGUCCUCCCUCUACUACCGAGGAACCAUUCUAUCCACGCGGCAUCACAACAGACAGCCAGGGUCGGAUCCUGACAGCAGACCUUAACAACCACUAUAUCCACAUCCUGGAUCAGGACGGACAGUUCCUCCGCUACAUUGACAACUGUCAUUUACAGUAUCCAUGGGGUUUAUGUGUGGACACCAGAGACAACCUCUUUGUGACUGAGUUCUACACAGGUAAAGUGAAGAAAAUACAAUAUGUGUAGAACAUUACACAGCAGUGUAACAUUGUUUGUAUGUAUUACAUGUUGACAAAUUGACUGUAUAUAUUGUUUGUGUAUAACAAUUAAUUACCUGUAUUAUAUAAUUAGUUUAUGUUAAUAAUUAAUUAUAUUUAAUUAGAAUUACAUGUCAACAAUGUGUACAAUAAACUCAUUGUAUUUUGUGCAUUGAUUUCAAUGGUAACAAAUUAACACCUUGUAUAUCUUACUUUCCAAACAAACUGUUUGUGCAUUAGAAGAAUACAAUCAAAAGACAUUCUGUGUAAUGAACAUUGUAUAUAAAUGAUGUUAUUCAGCUGGAUGGGUAUAUCAUUGUGUAUAAUAAAUGAUUUGUAUACAA